ACAGAGCCCCUAGGAGCAGGACGGGCCCUGCUUCCCCGCUGGUGACAGGGUCCCGGUGCGCUGGUCCAUGCUGGUCCCCGCCUUUGUUCUCGGGCCGAAGCCGAGACAUGCGCGGCUGACGAUGGAAGUGGAGGACUCAGGCGGCGUGGUGCUGACCGCCUACCACUCGUACGCUCGCUCCCAACCGCUCAGCUCCGAGCCGCGCUGCGCUCCCCGGGCCACCGCCAGCCACCCGGGCAGCAGAAAAUCCAUUCCUCGCUGCCGAAGAAUUAACAGGAUGCUCUCCAAUGAAUCCUUACAGUCUCCUGCCUGCAACCGCUCCAACUCGCAAGCCUCCGUAGACAGCGCCUCCAUGGAAGAUUUCUGGCGGGAAAUAGAAAGUAUUAAAGAGAACAGCAUGGGAGGGCAGGAAGAGCAGAUGCCAGCCGAGGUCAAGCCUGUGGAUGAAGGAGAACUUGAAGCAGAGUGGUUGCAAGAUGUGGGUUUAUCAACCCUGAUCUCAGGUGAUGAAGAAGAGGAUGGCAAAGCCUUGCUCUCCACAUUGACUAGAACCCAAGCAGCUGCAGUGAAAAAGAGAUAUAAUACUUAUACUCAAACCAUGAGAAAAAAGAACAAGCAAUCUGUCCGGGAUGUCAGAGACAUCUUUGGAGUCAGCGAAUCUCCUCCAGAUGAUUUUUCUUGUAUUCCAACUCCUCUUUUGGAUGCCACCCUGGAUGAAGAAGGGAUAUCAGCAAUUCCCUGCAGAAAUGGUCAACUGCCAGGUGAUACCUGUGACAACCAUCCUACUCAGUUGGAUGGCACCCAAGAGGAAAAAGAGGUGCCAGGAGUUAUCAAAACAAGUGGCUCCUUGCCAGAUGAUGCUUCUCUCAACAGUACUACCCUUUCAGAUGGGUCCCAGGAUGAAGAAGGGACUUUUGCAGUUCCCAGGAGUGGCUCUAUGUCUAUUCUUGAGGCUAUUCCAGAUAUACCAGUUCAUUCCAAUGGAUCAGCAAGCCCUGGACGGCCAGUUCAGAAUUCAGUGAGUGAUGAUGAUUAUCUGAAAAAGAACAUUCCACCAGAUGCUGAAGAGCUAUCCUUUGAAGUAUCUUAUUCAGAAAUGGUUACAGACGCUCCAAAAAGAAAUAAAUUUAAGAAGUCAGAUUUUAAGAAAGAAGACUAUGUUUUAACUAAAUUUAUUGUUCAGAAAACCAGAUUUGGCCUAACUGAAGCAGGAGAUCUGUCUGCUGAAGACAUGAAGAAAAUCCGCCACCUCUCUCUGAUUGAAUUGACAGCCUUUUUUGAUGCCUUUGGAAUUCCACUGAAAAGAAACAAAACAGAGAAAGUAAAAGGACGAGACAAUGGGAUUUUUGGAGUUUCACUUACAGUCCUACUGGACAAUGACCGCAAGAAAGACCCUGGAGUGAAAGUUCCCCUUGUGUUACAAAAACAAUACCGUGAAGAACUGGAUGCCAAAUUUAAUGCUGAUAAAUUUAAAUGGGACAAAAUGUGCCAUAGAGAAGCUGCAGUGAUGUUGAAAGCAUUUUUCAGAGAACUACCCACUUCUCUCUUCCCUGUGGAAUAUAUACCUGCCUUCAUCACUCUGAUGGAAAGAGGGCCUCACAUCAAAGUACAAUUUCAAGCCUUACACCUCAUGGUCAUGGCACUGCCUGAUGCCAACAGGGACACAGCCCAGGCCCUCAUGACAUUCUUCAAUAAAGUCAUUGCCAACGAAUCAAAAAACCGAAUGAGUAUAUGGAACAUUUCUACUGUAAUGGCACCAAACCUUUUCUUCAGUAGAAGCAAACAUUCUGAUUAUGAAGAAUUACUGUUAGCAAACACUGCAGCCCAUAUCAUCCGCCUAAUGCUUAAGUACCAGAAAAUCUUGUGGAAGGUUCCAUCUUUCUUAAUCACUCAAGUUAGAAGAAUGAAUGAAGCUACGAUGUUGUUGAAGAAGCAGCUCCCAAGUGUCAAAAAGUUGCUAAGGAGGAAGACCAUAGAACGAGAGGUUGCAAGCCCCAAGAUAUCAAAGGUACUACAAAAAUCACCCUCUUCAAGAAGAAUGUCUGACGUGCCGGAAGGAGUCAUAAGGGUUCAUGCUCCACUCCUCUCGAAGGUGUCCAUGGCCAUUCAACUCAAUAGUCAAACCAAAGCCAAAGACAUACUGGCAAAAUUUCAGUAUGAGAGCAGUCAUGGUUCAUCAGAAUGCAUUAAAAUUCAGAACCAAAGGUUAUAUGAAAUUGGAGGAAAUAUAGGACAGCAUUGCUUGGAUCCAGAUGCUUAUAUAUUGGAUGUGUAUCAUGUAAAUCCUCACGCAGAAUGGGUGAUUAAACCACAAUCAAGUUUUUGAAAUACCACCCCAAAAUGGCAGCUAUUGUGUAUUAUAUGCCAAGAACAUUCUACAGUAAGUAGGGGAGGAAAAAGACUGCUUUUGACAUGUGUAUUCCUAUAACCCUCUUGGUGUUUCCUGGUCCAAGUGGUAUCUCCCAGCAUUGUCAGUGUGAACUAUGGAAGAGGAGCUGCUUAACCAUUUGAGCUGAAGCUUUCUCAUGACGGGUCUUUGACAAGAGUGAAGGAAAGAAGUUGUGAUCCUUCCUGAACAAAGGCCAAUCUAGAAUAGGAACUCUGAGCAUUUCUAGUACCUUGACUUCACAGCAGAAAUGAACUUGGUCCUAUACCUGGGAUAAGAAACCUUGGUCCUUAUGUAACAAAUGCUACCAAAUAGAAGAGGUGGAAAAAUAAUUUUUAUACUUAUGAUAUAUACAUAUAUUGACCUUUUGGAGCAAGAAUGCCAGAAAUAUCAACAAUGUCUGCUCUGCAAAAUAAUUCUGAUCUACUUUCGAAAGGGAAUAAUUUUCUAAAGUUACUCAAUAUUUAUACUCUGACUUGUUCCUGAAUUAAAGGAGGAGGAACUUCUGUUUAAAGACCACUGUAUUAGUGUGUAUGUUGUACUGCAUCGUGACUAGCAGCAUUCUGGUAUAAAUGAACAUUGCUUUUUCCCGGACAAUUGAAAACUGAUAUUUUUAAAGCUUAUUUCUUUAUGAGCACAGGUCCUCCUAGUGAAGCUUAGUUUGACAAAGGGUGUUCCUUACACUUUCACAACCUGUAGUCAGAAGUCACAGAGCCUUUAUUUUUCUCGUUGUGAUUAUGGUGCUUAAUGAAUUGCUUUCCAUGUGCCAGGCACUGAUUUCCUUUCCUGAUCAAACAUAUUUUACAUUUCACAACUGUAGAUAGUCACUUCUCCACUUAUUCCACUUUGUCAUCAGUUUUAAACAAAUGGCUAACAGAUAACAGGUAAAAAUACAGAACCACCUUUAUCCAACUGCUCUUUAUCCAAGAGUGCUGAAAACUACUGUGUUAUAUUCAGAUUUUACAUGCUGUAAAAGCAGAUUUUGUUUCUAUUCAUCAGUCGUAGACAUAGCCAAGCACUGUGGAUUAGCAUCAGACUUUAAAAUCAGAUGCAUAUUUUGUAAGCAAAAAAGUGUCUCGCUAUCAAGAUCCUGUGGAGCCAUUUUCCAGUACUGCACGCAAUUGGUAAGAACACACAGUCCCCCACGAUUCUAACUGACAUCAAAUCUAAAAUGUGCUGAGGGGUCAGACAGCUCUGCCUUUCAUCUUGAGAUGUAGACCUUCCAGGGUUAGCUAGAAAUGGAACAGAGGUAUCAUUUGUCCCACACAUGUGCUUUGGAUUAGAAUCUACAGAUUUAGAUUUUGAUGAAUUUAUAUAAGUUUUCAUGAGAUUUAACACUCCAAUAACUCUCUUGCAGUUCAAACAAUAGACAAAGUUGCUUACAAAUGCAGAAAACCUUUUAUCUACUUACCAACUCUUGAAACUUAAUGUGAUAAUAAUUUAUGCCCAUAUAUAGAAGAAAAUUUGUAUAUGAUGCAUUAUGCCUUGAUGUCUAUAAAAACAUUACUUAUAUUCAACAUGUAGAUAAUUCCAUUUCUGGCCAUUAGGAUUUUCGUAUAUUUUUAUAGAAAACUCAAAUAUCCAUUCAUUUUAUAUAUUUGAGAAUUUUCAGUUCCUUUUCCUAAAAACACAUUAGAAAAUAAAUAUAUUCUGUGAGUUUAUAUUUAUUCUUAACAUUUCAUCAAUUCUUCAAUAUAUGGCUAAUUGAUGGCAUGUGAGUUUACAUAAUGAAUUUCAAGAGUCAGAAAAAAUGCUUUCAUCAUUUUUGCAACUCAAACAGGAGUAAAUAUUUCACUUUAUGUAGUUGCUAAUAUGAAAGACAUAAGCGGACAGUAAUUUAUGCCUACACACAUGAAAUAAAUUCUUCAGAUUAGCUACCUUACACUUCUACGUAUAUAUGAAAACUAUGGCUGAAUUAUCUGAUUGUAUUUCCUAUCAUUUAGAAUAAAUUCUGUUAUGUUUAUAUAGAAAAUUCACAGAUCUAUUCAUUUAAUUUUUUGUUUGGGACUUUUCAUUUCUUUUGACUGAAAAUACAUUAGGUUCUAAAGGUUUCAAAAUUUAUUCCACUUGUCAUCAGUUUUAAACAAACGGCUAACAGAUGACAGGUAAAAACAAUAAGUUUCUGAAUUUCUUACCCAUUUUUGUGUGUUUUCAGAUGUCGAAACUUAGCUGCGUCAAAAACUUGAAUCACUUUAAUGUAUGGAAGGGCUUGUGACAACUUUCAAAUAACUGUAUAAUAUGGAAGGCCACAUCAAUUCCAAUAUCAUUAUCCAAUGAUAACUUGUAUUCUUAGUCAUAGGGUAAACUAAAUGACUAGAGAAGAAUUUUCAGUAGACACAGACUAAUUUUUAGGUGGGUAAAGAGGUAUUUUUUAUUAAGUUUAUCCUUAAAGAAUAAACAAACCCCUACACAAUUAAAAUUUAAAAAUUCCUGUCUCCUAAGUAUUGGAAAAAACUAUCUUUGCCUUAUCAAGAAUUGUUUUAAAAUAGUUACAAUGAUCUAUAAAAAUAGUAUAUUUGCCAAAAAAAAAAAAAAAAGCAGAGUCAGAUACUGAGCUUCUAAAUUCUAUUCUUAAUAGCUUCCCACCCCACUUCAUUCCAAGUGCUCUUGGUAUACAUUUAGGAAAAUAAUACCCAGAAAAGUAUUAGAGAAAGUUAACAUUUUAGGAACAUUUAUUCAUAAAACACCCUACAACUGGCUCUUUUUCUCAAUCAUUCUGCAAAAGAGGAUCCCUUUGUUAAGCAGCUCACUUGGGGAUAUAAUAAUCUUGGAGUGAAUGAUCUUUGAACAAACUGGAAUAUUAAUUUCUUUACAAUGUAUAUACAGUAUAAACUACCUCACUCGCCUUUCUUGGGAAAAAGAAAUCAAUGGACUUUAACAAUUUUUGUUGCAAACUGUCCUUGAGUCUUAUUAUUUGUCACUUCACUUAGCUUUCAGUGUACAUUUAAUAAUAUACAUUCAAUAGUGUAAAAUAUUUUUAAGCAUAAGCUUUACAGCCAAAAUACUCUGUAAUCUGUGGUAUAUUCUGAGAGAAUUCUGUCCCUUAGUCAUGGUCCUGUGUGUUUAAUCAUAAUGAGGUGCAGGUUUUCAAGUGCAGGAAUUAAUAUUCCUCUCUUCUUUUUAGGCAUUUUUUCAACUGCUUUCACCCUGUUAUACUGAAAAGUAAGAUGAGAUUAAAAUGUCCCUUCUUUCUAUCAAGCAUAUUUCAACUGUUUUUCCACAAAUGUAUUACUCGCCUGAAAAGAAUAUAUAUUAUGGAAUUGAAUAGUUCCUAGUUUCUGACAGGCAUUUUCAACUCUUUUCCAUAAAUAUGCCACUUAAUAAAUUAUAUGACAUGGAUUAAAAUGUUUCUUUCAAGCAUUUUCAGCAGUUUUACACACACACACACACACACACACACACACACACACACACACCUUAAUUUAAAAAUAACGUAUUUUCUUUCAGGCAUUUUCCAACUAUUUUCUAAAACUAUGUGACUUGAUUGAAAAAUCAUAUAAUGUCACAAGGAUUGUCAAUGUUUUAUGUUGUCUCCCAUCUCAAAAGUUAUAAUUCUUUUG